UUUUCUGAUAUUAAAUUAAAGCAGACGAUAACAAAAUCGUAAUCGCACACAAAGUGGUUUUAGCAUCAGCUAGUCCAUAUUUCUAUGCAAUGUUCACCAAAUUUUCAGAAAGGAAUCAUGAACUUGUUGUAAUGAGAGGGAUAGAUUCAUCCGCUUUACAGCUGUUAGUAAACUUUCUUUAUUCUGGAAAAAUAUUGAUCACUGAAGAAAACGUCCAGGAUUUAUUGCCAGCUCAAAUCUCUUGCAAUUACAAGAAGUAAAAGAGGCGUGUUGUGAUUUUUUACAGUCACAACUGUGUCACACAAAUUGUAUUGGUAUAUUCGCCAUAGCUGAUUUACAUAGCUGUGCGAAAUUGUUAACAAGUUCAAAAUUUUAUAUUCAACAACACUUUUCAGAAGUCGUUGGUGAUGACGAAUUCCUAUCGUUAUCAUCGGACCAAGUAAUUCAGUUGAUCUCUAGUGAUAAACUUACAGUUCCAUCUGAAGAAAAAGUAUUUGAAAGUGUUAUUCGUUGGGUAAAAUAUGAAUCAGGUUCAAGAAAAUGUAUUUUACCCCAAUUAAUGGAACACGUACGGUUACCAUUAACAUCAAAGAUUUACAUAAAUAAAGAAGUAGUUAAGGAAUGCCUUAUAAAUAAUUGUUAUAAAUGUAAAGAUUACAUAAACGAGGCAUUAAAUGUUCAUAGACUGAAGUCAAAAGACCUGAUUCCACACAACAUCCGGAAUAAUCCUAGACAUGGAGAUAAAAUUAUCUUAGUUGUUAGUAGAUUUGAUACUAAUGAAUGUAUCAGUACAAAAUUUUUCGAACCGAAAAUAAAUCGAUGGCAUAAUGGACCUGAAAUGAUAACAAACCGUAGAAAUGUUGGUCUAGCUGUGGUGAAAGAUAAUUUAGUAUUUGCUGUGGGUGGUUCUACUCAUUUUUUUCGUCAAGUUCGGUCUGUUGAUGUGCUUGAUUUAUCUGCAGAGUCACCGUGUUGGAAACCGAGUGUUGAGAUGUUUGUUAAACGAAACAAAGUAGGAGUUGGUGUAAUCAAUAAUUAUCUAUAUGCCGUCGGCGGAUAUAAUUUUUGUGAUAAUAUAUCAGAUAGUGCAGAAGUGUUCGACUACAAUACUCAAAAAUGGCGCAUGAUAUCUAGUAUGCCUACUAGAAGAGUCAGUUUUGGGGUCGGAGUCCUGAAUAAUCUUUUAUAUGCGGUAAACUAAUAUGUUUUUAUUGAU